UUGGCCACACUUCCUCACCACGCUAAUGUCACUAUACUGAUUCACUAGACUAUAGAAUUCUUCUGCAGAUGCAUUUCGUGAGGGUAGUAUACCACUUCUUCCUGGGGUAUUGAUUUUGUCGUCUACCUACUACAUUCAGACAGUCGAUUCAAUUUUAGCCACUACCUCUGGCUAUUGCUGGAACACUAAAAAGGGGCGGGGAGGGUUUCGCAGAGGAAGAUUGUUGCGAAUUGCAAGCUUGAUAGUGUCAAGAAACGAACUUAAAUGUGGUAACGAGGAUGAUCUCACUAUACUACGGCUUCGACUAAGAAAAGAAGUCACUUGCAAGUAUGGAUACAGUUCCAGCAGCAAACGAGGUACGCGAGAUAUUCUUGAAGAUCAGCAGCCCUGCCGUACGCAGCACUGAAGCUUGAAAGACUCUCGUCUUCAUUCCCAGUUCAACAGCAUGCAUCAUCCACAGUGCAGACGUCCUAUGCGGACUGACGCCCUUCAAGAAUAAUGUGCCAAGAGAAACUGGCAAUAACAUUCGAGUAGCGCAAACAAUGUUAAGAAAACUUGUCUCCGCUGAUUUCUUCAGCUUUCGAUGUACAAUGUUCUUUCAUGUUAACGGAAUGUGCAGUGUGCAUCUGUUGGCUUCAAUUGAAGUUUUCUGUAUAAAGAGGAGCCACUCUGAAGUUGUCGAUCCUAUGUGAAGCUCUUGAAGAUGCUUAGCCGAUUAGAAGUCUGAGUUUAUGUGCGAAGGGGACGCUGUGUAAGAGGAUUUUGUACUUUUAUAGUGGAAAGAGAGAAGGAUUGAUGACGCGGUGGUGCAAGUGAGGGGUUCGACCAUUGAGACGGCGUUGGUGAAUGCCCAAGUAUGAAAAAAGACCGAGGAAUCUGAACAGAGGCAGUAGAAAUGGCGGAGGUAGAAGCAUCGUUGUUAGUUUCCCUAGAGAAGGAGAAUGGCGAGAAUGAAAAAUUGGGCUCAACAACCGUGUCGAGGCUGUUGAGCCAGGGGCUUGAUGCGGAGAACGAUCUGGUUCGAAGGGAGAGCUUCAACUUCCUGUUCGGCAGCCUACGCCAGUCUACAGAUUCGCUUCUGGGAAGCAGGCUUGGGUCAGAGCUAUUCGGAAGCAGAUAUGGGUUUGGCAACACGUAUGUGCUAAUAGACGACAUGGGGAUCUACUUCUCCUCCCAUGCAGUCACGUUUGUUAUAUUAGCCUUGGCCGUUGUAGGAAUUGUUCUGUUCACGUUGAUGGUGACGCUGUCGACUACGUUAGGGCAGUGCCAAGGAAAGUCUAUUGUGAUUCUCAAGCCUGAUGUCUGCGCCAGCUUUGCUCGGAACGCCGAGGUGAACAAUCUGCAGAACUGGACUCUCCCACAGGACUGCGUCACAUUUUCGGCAUUGUACUUCGAUUCCGGCCAAUAUCAUGCGGACUGCGCUCACGCCAUCGACGCUGCGAGGACCUACUUAGCCUCAGUGGUGGUCGAGUCCGAUGGCCAGGACAUGGUCGUCCUUGAGCUUGACGACACUAUGUUGUCCAGCAUAUCCUUAUACACGCAGCACCAUUUCAAAGCGUUGCCAUUCAAGCUGGAGACGUGGAACAACCAUGUGAGCCUUACAGUGAUGCCGCCACUGGGACCAAUGGCAUCCCUCUACAGGGAACUCAAAGUUCUCAACUGGAGCCUCGCCAUCAUCUCGGAAAGAUUUGAAGCGCAACGGAAUGAUACCGUGAAAAACCUGAGCAAUGCAGGAUACGAGGGCUACACUCUCAUUCUGAGGUCAGAGCCUGGGCCAUUAGCUGAGUAUAAGACGAAGGCCAGCCUUGAGCUUGAAAGCAAAGGAUUUCGCAUUGGGGCUGUAAUUGGGGACCAAUGGAGCGAUGAUCUCAGAGGCCAGACGCUUGGCAAACGUGUUUUCAAGCUUCCGAAUGUGAAGAAUUACUCCUAGAAAAGUAAUACAAAGCAUUUUCUUCUAAAAUUUAUUCUUUUUUCUUUAUUUUUAAAUCACCUUUUUUAUAUAAAAAUAAAGAGUGAUUUUAUUUUUAAUUACUAGAUUUAAAAAAUAAUUACAGCUAGUAUUUUCAAGAUUUGUAAAAGACAUUGAUGCAUUUUGUGAUUGUAAAGUUUAUAUUAACUCAAAAAAAUCUUGGGAUAUAGAUAUUAUUUA